CAGCUAUUUGCGUACGUUUGUGCCCCUUUCGUAUACGAACCAGAAGACCACGAGAACCACUUCUUCAUUCCUCGCUGAUCUCUCGCCUCUCACUCUCAAAUCAGCAUCGAGGCCACCGGUGAGCUCCUCAAACCACCUGUGAGCUACACCACCAGCGAGCUCCCCCACCACUGGAGACAAAGCCGCAGGUGAUGGGAAUGGCGAUGAUUUGAGUGGACGCUGUGAGAGAGAGAGAGAGAGGUCAUGAACGUUCUUGGAAGAGCUUCCUUAAGCUGGCCGAUUGUUCUGGCAACCAUGAAAAGAUCAUUUAACACCCUCAGAAUCUCCCCUGAUCCUUCCCUUGCUCAUGGUAUACACGUUUUUCAUUGCCCUGAUCAAGUUGGAAUCGUGGCAAAAAUAUCCGAGUGUAUUGCGUCAAGGGGAGGGAACAUAUUGGUAGCUGAUAUUUUUGUGCCCCACAACAAAAAUGUCUUCUACUCAAGAAGUGAGUUUGUGUUCGACCCAAUUAAAUGGCAGCGGAAGCAAAUGAACGAGGACUUCCUUGACCUAUCAAAGAUGUUCAAUGCAGUUAAAUCGCUUGUUCGAGUGCCUUCUGUAGACCCCAAAUAUAAAAUUGCUCUUCUUGCUUCUAAGCAGGACCAUUGUCUUGUUGAUCUACUGCAUGCUUGGCAAGAUGGAAAACUUCCGGUUCAAAUAAGCUCUGUAAUCAGCAAUCAUGAUAGGGUGGGGAAUACCCAUGUGAUGCGGUUCCUUGAAAGACAUGAGAUUCCAUAUCAUUAUCUGUCCAAGUCAAAGGAGAAGAAUGUAGAAGAUGAGAUAUUGGGGUUGGUUGAAGAUACAGAUUUCUUGGUCCUUGCUAGAUACAUGCAGGUGUUGUCUGGAAACUUUUUGAAAAGAUAUGGGAAGGAUGUGAUUAACAUACAUCAUGGCUUAUUGCCAUCAUUCAAGGGAGGAAAUCCAUCUAGGCAGGCUUUUGAAGCUGGGGUCAAAUUGAUUGGUGCCACAACCCAUUUUGUCACGGAGGAGCUUGAUGGAGGCCCAAUCAUUGAGCAGAUGGUUGAGAGAGUCUCCCACAAGGAUAAUUUGCUGAGUUUUAUUCAGAAAUCUGAGAAUCUUGAAAAACAAUGCCUUAUGAAGGCAAUCAAGUCAUAUUGUGAGUUACGCGUUCUACCUUAUGAAGACAACAGGACUGUUGUAUUUUGAGUAAGGUCAAAAUGAUGCUGUUGCAAAUUUUUGUAUUUCAGUUUUCACAUUCUAAUUUAAGUUGUUCCAAUCCAAUCCAAGUGGGCAUAAUAAUAAGAUAAAGAGUCAUUCUAAUUGUGUGUUCAUAAUCAUAUAUAUG